UGAGAUUGACACUUUACUUACCUUGAGCUGAAUAAUAAUUGUUAUCAUCCACAAUAGACAUCGAUUUUGUUAUGUUUUGAAAAAUCUUUUCACUUCUGCAUGAGACCUGAUGACGUCAUACAGAGAAUUGUCGCGUGAGAGCAUAUAAAGGCGCGAAUCUCUCUUGCUCAUUUUGUAGGUUUUAAGUAUUCGUUGGGGGUUAUAACCGUACAACAGUAUUAUCGGUACAACUGUGUAAUCAUGGGCCUGUUAAGGAAGCUACUGAAUCGUCUGUGUAAUUUGUUAAAUACUACGCCUGUACAAGAACCCCAACCCCAUCCUGGCCAGGUUAAUGAGACCCCUGUUAGGGCUUGUGAGGUACAUGGUGAUAGUGAGGCAAAGCGAGAAAAGAGUACGAGAAAGAGGAAGAGGUUUUGGAGGUGGCACUCUAGAAGAAAAAUGUACAGCGUCGCUAAGACUGAGAGGCAGAACCUGACUCAUGUGGCGGGAACAGGGACAUACCGGAGACAUAGUCAAAGUAUUAAGGAAGUCGUUCCCAUUGCUGAGUAUCAGCUGGAGCAAGAAAUCCUCCAACCUGCGGUCCUUGACUCUCCAGGGCAUUCAUCAGCAGAUAACGACACUGAUGCUCCAGUGCCUUUGUCAGCAGAUGGCAGGUUUGACUCUGCAGUGAGUCUCUCAGUAGAUCAGGACAUUAACUCUGCUGUGAGUCCAAAAGCAGAAAGGGACGUUGCCUGUGCAAUCAGUACCAAAGUAGAUGGGGAUGUUGCCUGUGCAGUCAGUCCCAAAGUAGAUGGGGAUGUUGCCUGUGCAGUCAGUACCAAAGUAGAUGGGGAUGUUGCCUGUGCAGUCAGUCCCAAAGUAGAUGGGGAUAUUGUCUGUGCAUUCAGUACCAAAGUAGAUGGGGAUGUUGCCUGUGCAGUCAGUCCCAAAGUAGAUGGGGAUAUUGUCUGUGCAUUCAGUACCAAAGUAGAUGGGGAUGUUGCCUGUGCAGUCAGUACCAAAGUAGAUGGGGAUGUUGCCUGUACAGUCAGUCCCAAAGUAGAUGGGGAUGUUGCCUGUGCAGUCAGUACCAAAGUAGAUGGGGAUGUUGCCUGUGCAGUCAGUCCCAAAGUAGAUGGGGAUAUUGCCUGUGCAGUCAGUCCCAAAGUAGAUGGGGAUGUUGCCUGUGCAGUCAGUCCCAAAAUAGAUGGGGAUAUUGUCUGUGCAGUCAGUCCCAAAAUAGAUGGGGAUAUUGUCUGUGCAGUCAGUCCCAAAGUAGAUGGGGAUGUUGCCUGUGCAGUCAGUACCAAAGUAGAUGGGGAUGUUGCCUGUGCAGUCAGUCCCAAAGUAGAUGGGGAUAUUGCCUGUGCAGUCAGUACCAAAGUAGAUGGGGAUAUUGCCUGUGCAGUCAGUACCAAAGUAGACAAGGGCAUUGACUCUGCAGGGCAUGCCAAAAAAUACAAGGGCAUUGCAUCUGCUGGGCGACCCAAAGUAGACGGGGGCGUUGCCUCUGCAGUGUGUACCCAAGUUGAUGGCAUCACUAACUCAGUUCCAGCAGGAGAGCUGGACAAGGAUCACAUUUGUUGCCGGUACAAAUUUGGUGGAAGGCUGGGUGAAGGAGGAUUUGGCUCAGUGCGUAAAGGGAUUCGCCUGAAGGAUGGUCUUAAGGUGGCUGUGAAAUAUGUCCGAAAGACAAAACGUACGACAUAUAUUACCACUGCUUUUCACCCCAAACCUCUUCCUUUAGAGAUUGCGUUGGCAGUCAUGGUCAAUAGGGAACCCAACUGUCAAUGUAUAAUUAAAUUGCUGGACUGGCAGGAUGACCCAGACCACUACCUCAUAGUCAUGGAGCGCCUCGUGCCAAGCAUGGAUAUGAGAACUUUUCUGAAAUGCAGCGGAGGCAUUCUCAGAGAGCAGACAGCACAGUACAUUAUGUGGCAGAUAAUUUAUGCUGCUAACUUUUGCUGUAAUCGUGGCAUUUUUCAUCGCGACAUCAAGCUCGCAAACCUGAUUGUGAACCCGACAACGUUAGAGAUCAAACUAAUCGACUUCGGGUGUGGGGACCUCAUGAAGGAUUCAGGCUACAGUACCUACAGUGGCACAAAACCGUACUUCCCUCCAGAAUAUCAUGACAGAGGCAGAUACCAUGCAAAGCCGGCGACAGUGUUUUCACUAGGGGUGCUCCUGUUCGGAAUGCUGCAUGGGCGAUUUCCAACAGCCAAAGACUUGCACUGCUUAGGCAACAACCGUUCUGUAUUUGCUGUGUCAAAAGAAUGCAUCCUUUUUUUGUGGGCUUGUCUGCAGCGUCAUCCAGAGCGCAGGAUUCUCCUGGAGCAGAUGCUUUAUGAUGAUUGGUUUGUGUUGGGUUUUCCUAAUGGCCUGCCAUAUAACCGGAAUGCAUCUAAUCAGCAUUCACAUCAUCGAUGAGAAGUACUUUUAUACUGUCAAUGUUGUGUCUGGCAAGAUGACUUGAGUGGCCUUUCCAUGCCUCGAU